AGCCUGUCAGAAGAUGGCGUCUCUGCUCAUGUGGUCCCUGUUUUACCACGUCUGCCUCCUUGAGCUCACCAGCUCCACCCAAACCACAGCCUACAGCUGCUCUCUGCUGGGCCACGUUGAGAUGCCAGGCUUUCUGGCUGAUGGAGACUACAUCAUUGGGGGGAUUUUCCCUAUGCACUACAGGGUGGAGCUGCCCCCCACAAACUACACCCAGAAACCGGCUUCCGCACAGUGUCUGGGGUUCGAUCCCAGGUCGUUCCGAUGGGCUCAGGCUUUGAGAUUUGCUGUACAGGAGAUCAACCAGAGUAAGAACUUGUUGCCCAACCUCACUCUGGGCUACAGGAUCUUUGACUCCUGCUCAACUCCACGACUGGCCCAGCAGGCAGUUCUAACAGUGCUAAAUGGACCCGAAGAAGCUCACAAUGUCAUGUGUUCUGGCGCUGCUCCAAUUUUAGCUGUGGUUGCAGAAUCUGGGUCAUCUCAGUCCAUUGUCGUGUCCAGAACUCUACAGCCCUUCAGAAUGCCACAGAUCAGCUAUUUUUCAACCUGCUCAUGCCUGAGUAACCGGAGAGAAUUCCCCACCUUUUUCAGAGUCGUCCCUAAUGACGACUAUCAGGUAAAAGCCAUCGCGCAGCUCUUGAAGCAUUUCGGUUGGACCUGGGUUGGCGUGGUCACAGAGGACCAUGACUAUGGCAGGUUUGCAGUUCAGGGUCUAAGAGCAGUUAUCAAAGAUAUGGGCAUUUGUUUAGCUUACCACGAAAUGAUACCCAAAGUCUACAGUCGAGAAAAAGUGCUUGAAAUCUUGGAUGUUAUGAAAAGUUCAACUGCCAGAGUGGUCGUCAUUUUCUCUGUUGAAGGGGAGCUUUACCCCUUCCUGAAAGAAUACAUGGAUCAUAACAUCACUGGGAUUCAGCUGAUCGCCAGUGAAGCCUGGGUAACGGCCUCGGUGAUAGCAGAAACCUACCCCUUCCUCACUGGCACCAUCGGGUUUUCCAUCCGCCAAGGGAUGGUCCCUGGGCUCAGGGACUACCUGCUGACUGUGAACCCGCUGAGGUACCCCAACAACUCCCUGGUACAGGAGCUGUGGGCUGCUUUGUACGGUUGUUCCAUGCAACAUCCUGGCAACAGGAGCCCGGUCUCCCCAGAGCUGCCCUCCUGCACAGGGUCGGAGCCCCUCCUCAAACAGCACUCUGCCUACCUGAACACAUCCAGCUUCCGUGUGACCUACAAUGUGUAUAAGGCUGUGUACGCCAUCGCCCACUCCCUCCAUAACCUGCUCAGCUGUGAGCCUGGAAAAGGGCCUUUCCAGAACUCAUCGUGUGCCAACACCACCAGCAUCUAUCCAUGGCAGCUUCAGCAGUAUCUUCAAGACGUCUCCUUCUCCAUCUCUGGAGAGAAGGUGAACUUCGAUGAGAAGGGUGACGCCAUCCCAUCCUAUGAUCUUAUCAACUGGCAACGGGGCACAGCCGGAAAUAUAGAGUUUGUCAAAGUGGGCAUGUUUGAUGGCUCAAGGGAUGCUGGGAAGGAGCUGUUCAUCCAGGACGAGGCCAUCGUGUGGACGGGCCAUCAGAGCGAGGUGCUGGUGUCUGUGUGCAGUGACAGCUGCGCUCCAGGAUCUAGGAAGGCUUUCCGUCGUGGGGAGCCUCUGUGCUGCUUUGACUGUGUACCAUGUGACAACAGCAAGAUUAGUAAUCAGACAGAUUCAAUAGACUGCACACCUUGUCCCGAAUACUACUGGUCCAACGCAGCCAGGACAGAAUGCAUAGUAAAGACAGUUGAGUUCCUCUCCCAUGAUGCAAUGGGGCUAGCCCUGACUGUGAUUUCCAUAGCGGGAGCUUGCCUCACCGCCGCUGUACUGUCAGUAUUCACACACCACAGGAACACUCCCAUCGUUCGGGUCAACAACUCGGAGCUGAGCUACUUCAUCCUCCUCUCUCUAGUCCUGUGCUUCCUCUGCGCCCUACUGUUUAUCGGAGAGCCCACACCGUGGUCCUGCAUGCUGCGUCACACUGCCUUCAGCAUCACCUUCUCCCUCUGCAUCUCCUGCAUCCUGGGAAAGACUCUGGUUGUGUUGGCAGCUUUUACAGCAGCCAGGCCUGGCAACAACAUCAUGAAGUGGCUGGGACCCAAACAACAGAGAGUGAUCAUCUUCAGCUGCACCUUAGUGCAGGUCGUCAUCUGUGCCGUGUGGCUGGCUGCCGCUCCACCGUUCCCCUUCAAAAACACUCAGUACAGCAGGUCCAAGAUCAUCCUGGAGUGCAGUGUGGGCUCCAGCUUGGCCUUCUGGUGCGUUCUGGGAUACAUCGGCCUCCAAGCUUGCCUGUGCUUUGUCCUGGCCUUUCUCGCUCGCAAACUGCCGGGCAAUUUUAAUGAGGCGAAGUACAUCACCUUCAGCAUGCUUAUCUUCUGCGCUGUGUGGCUCGCCUUCAUUCCUGCGUACAUCAGCUCACCUGGAAAGUUCACAGUGGCUGUAGAAAUCUUUGCUAUCCUAGCCUCUAGCUUUGGUCUGUUGUUCUGUUUGUUUGCUCCAAAAGUCUAUAUCAUUUUAUUAAAACCAGAGAGAAACACCAAACAGCAUCUCAUGGGAAGGGUAAUGAAGUAAAAGU